AUGUCUGCUACACCCAAGACGCCAAGUUUGGCUGCUAUAGCAAAACAAGAUGUUAAUGCCAUUUAUAAGAAUCUCUCGCGAGAAUGGGAUUUAAGACUUCCCCAGAUGAGUUUUGAGUCACCCAUGAGUCGACAAUCAAGACCUAAGUCUACAGAAGAGCAAUUGAUCGCCCAGAUCGCAUUUACAAUCAAUUAUUUAUACCACAAGGCCAAUACCCCACUGUUCGCUGCACUUGAAAACUUCCAUGGGCAAGCUUCAGGUCUGUAUAGUGGAUGGGUCUAUAAACCUAACGCUGAUCGAGGGGUUGUACCAGAAAAAACUCGACAGAGGCCACACCCAAUCACAUCCAAUGAGCGAAUGGAACUGCUAAAAUGUUUACUGGCCAUUCUAUCUAAUGCCCGGUCACAAUUCGACCGUUCGCGACAGAGUAGCUCGUCUCAAGCCAAUAUGUCUGCUCGCUCUGCUCGAAGGACACAGCCGGAUGACAGUCCCAUUGCCUUUCCGUUCAGCUCCGCCCAGAAACCUGAUUCAAAGCGUCCCCUUGAGCCAUUUCCCGAUAUUGACUCCAACAUUAAAAAGGUAAGGGUACCGGAGACCAAGUUAUCUGGCCGCGAAAGCCUUUCUAGACUUCCACCGCCGCAAUGGAAUGUCUCUCGCCUUCAAAAUACAAAGACGGAUCAAGUGAAAAUAGUGCCGCCCAAAGGGAAUGAAAACUCAAACUUGUACACAACUUUCGCGACGAAUGUCUCGAGCGUUUUCUCACAGACGUUGAGUAGCACGCUCGUCAAUACUCAGGCUACAGAACCAGAACCAGAACCAGAACCAGAACCGGCGAUAAAAUUGCGUGUAGACCCCCUCUCGUUAGACGAUCUAGGACCGAAAACACAAAGCUCUGAUUUCGGUAGCAGCUUUGAUCCAACUGAAGUCGAAAGGGUGUGGACCGAAAGUUUUGGUGCCAAGAUUUCAUCACAAGAUGUACCUCAGGAUGGUGUGGUGGAUGAUACGGUGGAUGGGUUGUUGGAUGAAGCCGUGGUCGACAUGAAUCAGAAAGAACUGGUGAAUUCCCUAAAUGAGAUGCUACCAACAUUGCCCUCUUGUCUCAAAAAGGCACCUUUUUUCGUCAGUUAUGAAAUCACUCGUGUUUUCCUCUUCAUUCAGGCUCCCAUAAGCGACUUCACUUUGCCAUAUCUUAAGGAGUGGGAAGUAUAUGACAAUCUUUGGAACAUGCUGAAGACUGUUCCCAUACUUCAAGGUAAAAAGUUCCCGGAACGAUGCGGAGCGAAAGUAUGGGAAAUUGCAACCAAAGGAUAUAUACGUGGUUUCAAUGGAGUAGUCUUUGCCGCUUCUUUGCGUGAAAACAAAAAGCCGUCGGAACCUCUCCUAUCUUUUCAACUACAACCCAUGAAGUUGGAUUUGACCCACCGUCUUGAACGAAGAUUCGGUAGCGAUAGGUUCUUCGAGUUUGAGAUCCCCGAUCUAGAAGGUAAAAGAUACAGUCCCACAAUGGCAAAAGCAUGUCCCAAUGCGUGGGACACUCUGAAGUCUUGGUUAAUAAAUGGGGAUCAUCAACUUCUGGGGAGAACUUACAAAUCAUUUUUCGUCAAGAUUAAGGACAGGAAGAGGAAAAGCGCUUUGAAGUCAGAUGCAGAGGAAGACAGCUCUAUCAUCCCAUUUCGUGUGUUUCUCUUCGCGACUAAUGGCUACGGCUUUGUCAAAGAGAGCAAGUCGAAGAACCCAGCCCCACAUGUUCGUAUUCGUAUGACAGUUGAGGAACUUAUGAAUUGUAUCAGGCCAACUGUCGAGAACAAGCAUCAGCCAUAUAUGAAAUUGUUUGCGAGAACUGCUUUGGUUCUCUCUAGGAAUCGGGCUACUAUUGCUGUCGAACGUACUCCGUCUCAAAUUAGAUACAAAACGGAUAUCAGAAACCACGACGCAAAUGACUCCAAAAAGACUUACGUUAUGACAGAUGGCGCUGGCAGAAUGUCAUUAGCGUUAGCAAGGAAGAUAGUGUUCGAGCUUGAGUUGUCGUAUAUACCAUCAGCCUUUCAGGGGAGAUUUGGUGAAGCAAAAGGCCUUUGGAUUGUUGAUCGUCACGAGGAUAUUGAAAAUGAUUGGAUCGAACUAUAUGGCGAACAAUGCAAGUGGAAGCGUGGAGAAGAGGGUAGUGAUGAAUUUGAUCAUUGGUCUCAUCGCACUUUUGAAGUUGUGGGGCAUUCCACUCCAUUAAAGUCUGCGGAUCUAAAUACCCAGUUUCUUCCACUUCUCAUGCAUCAAGCUGCAGAUCCAACGAGAAUGAGAAAGGCAAUCGUCACCGCAUUGGAAGAGGGCUUGCAGCAAUCCUUUGAAGAGCUGAAAGCUGCUUUGACUGGCCCUCGAGAACUUCGCAGCUGGGUUCGGCCUACUAACUCCUCCAUCCAGGAAAGAAUCAAGACCGGUACUAUUCAAUGGCGUGGAGGCUUGCCCGCAAAGCAUGAGGACAGACUAAAUAUACUACUUGAUGCUGGCUUCGACCCGCGAAAGCUUUCCUACCUUAUGGAACUGGCCAAGAAAUCAUUGACCAUGCGGUGCGAUGAUUUAAAGGGGCGUCUUAAUAUUACCGUUGGUAGAUCUACUAUCGUCUACAUGGUUCCGGACUUUCAGGGCGUUUUGGAACCCAAUGAGGUCUAUCUGGAUUUCUCAAGUUUUGUUGACAACGAAACUGGAUUGUCUGACAUUCAACUGGAAGGUGUGGAUGUGCUCGUGGCCAGGAACCCUGCUCAUUAUCCUAGUGACAUCCAAAGAGUCACCGCCGUUAGCAAACAUGAACUGAGGCACCUGAAAGAUGUUAUCGUCUUCUCCACUAAGGGUUAUCCAUCCCUGGCAGAUAAACUAUCAGGUGGUGAUUACGACGGAGACAAGGCCUGGAUUUGCUGGGAUCCUAAUAUCGUGGAAAGUUUCGCCAAUGCCGAUGUUCCCAAAGUUCCGGAUCUCGACAAAGAUGGUUUCAUCGAGCAAGACAAAAUGACUUACGCACAGUUGACCAAGGGCCAUUCCGAUCCAACAAACACAUUUCUACGUGCAAGUUUCGAAUUCAACAUGCACCAAAGUCUGCUCGGUUCCUCUACGGCAUUCAAAGAAAAUAUUGCAUACAAACUUCGUGAUCUCAAUAAGCCAGAACUUAUAUUCUUAUCAACUUUACUGAGCAAUUUGGUUGAUCAACCAAAGCAAGGUUUCAUCUUUACGGAGAAGCAUCUGAAAAAAGUCAAGGAGCACAUCAUUGCAACUACUGGUACACCCUUCAUACCUCAAUACAAGGACAAAACGUGUCUACCAAAUAACAAAAAUCACAUUCUUGAUCAUAUGAUAAUUCUUGCACAUCAGCAGACAGAAAAAUUGCUCACGGAUAUUCAAGACAGUAUCGUACGUCCAGUUGAGUACGAUCCUGUUUUGGCUCAAUUCUACCUGUGCCAAAGAAAAAAGGCGAAGGUACCGACGGAAGGAAGUGCUACUCAAGAGGAACAUGAGCGGGCAGCGCAAUGGAAACUACUUCUCGAUCAAUUGAAUGAGGAUGUCAACACAAUCAGGAUCAAGUGGAAAGGUUCUUUUAAACGGAAGCCAUCUAGCAAACUCAUGCGGGAAGAUGACGAGUCCAUGCCGGAGUUUGCGCCCAUUCGUGAUUCCUGCUUCGAGGAAUUUCGCGCCAUUAAACCACACCCAGGCAGUAAAUUAUUCCUAACGUGGCUGGACAAUGAUACUGAAUCAGAAUUUGGACAAUGGGCGCUUUUGAGGGCCAGUGCCCUUUAUGCCACUUAUGCGCCGAGCAAAUACCAUCGGGGCCCAGUUAUGGUUUCGAGCUUGGUUUGGUGGAUGGCAGGGAAGCAGUAUGCUUUCAUGAAAGCAACCGAUAGCGGAAUGAUUCCUAUGAGCGAUUAUAUGUAUGUGAUGCUCAAAGCGAACACUGGAUUCGUAAGGCAAUUGAGGGCGCAUGAGGGAGAGGGGACGGUAAUUGAUAUUGAGAUGAGAGAUAUAGACAGUGAUAUUUCAGACGAUGCUUAG